UGCAGGAUAGUCGACCUUGCAUCUGGACAGUAUACGGAUCGUACGCAGCAUCUGGCUAGCCAUCUUACAUCACGCUUCAAUACAUAAACAUGUAACGCGCGCUGAAUCGCUUGCCUAUUAUCUUCCUCCCCUUCCCACACCAUAUUCAUCCCUACGCGACCGUCAAUGCGCCAACCAUGGACCGAGACGCCCACGAAGACUUGCCGGCCGCCAUAGCGGCGUGGUCCUGGUUCCUCAAGUGCUGCUUUCGCGACAGAAUCAGCCCGGACAAGUUCGCCGCCCUCGCCCCGGUCCACUUCGCCAACCAUCGGUAUCCGCUUCCCGCUGUCGUCGCCGCCGACAUCUUGCUGCGUCCGACCGAGGACUGCAACUACAGACUCGACCCCCUUGCCGUGGCCUACCUGACACAUCUGCUCGAGCAGCAGCGCGUCGACGCGGCCUCCAUCUUGAGGGCCCUGUUCAAAUACUCGACCAUACACGUUAGGGUGCAGGGGAUCCAGGGCACCAACGCUUUGGCUGGCCAUGGAAGUAACAAGGAGGGGGAGACGACGAGCGACGGUGACGGGGCGCAGAAGAAGCGCCAGAUUCUGAGAUGGAAGAAAUCGUACCACGAGGAGCAGCUCAUUUUCUCGCGUCUUGCCAACGCCGUGAAAGAGGGCACCGCCAUCAAGAGGUGCAGGAGUGUCGUCGAGGUCGCCAGAGUCCUGGCGAAAUGGAUGCCUCUCCUCGCCGAGGCCGCGGACGACUUCUCGAGGGACCCAUGGGGCACUCUCAAUGGCUUGCAGGGGAGGGAGACAUACCGCGCGCUUCAAGGUUUGCGCGUGAAUGACGAAACAGAACGCUCCAGGAAGGCCUUCAUCCUGUUUCUUGCCGCCUUCAGCGACAACUCGUUGGUUCGCUACACGUUGGAGAAGCCGCUCUGCAAAGGCACUUGCAAAUUGCUCUCGGACGCCUUGCGGCGCUUCAUGCCAUGGGUCAUGCAAGUGUCGCCCGAUCUUGUCACGCGAUUGGACCUGUUCCGCACCGAAACCCUAUGCAAGCAUCUGCCCGCCGACAAAAAGGAGGCCGACGAGGCGCUUAGCUACAUGGAUGGCCUCAUUAACCUUGACAACGUUCCGGUUCCCGAGGUACCCGUCGUCAACUCCAGAGCCGGCCUCUACAUCUACCUCAGCGCUGCACUCGUUGGACGCCCCAUGGUUGAUGAUAGCGCUCUGUUCACAUACUUACACAACAGAUAUCAGGGAGACCUACAAUCCACAGCAGUACAGCUUAUCCUGGCAUCUUUUGACCUUCUCGCCAACGCCGUAUUUCGCAACGAGGGCGUCAAGACUGGCCACCUGCUCAAGUCGUUUGUCGUAAACAAAGUCCCCCUGAUCCUCGUCUCGUUGGCCUCCACGUCGUCCAUGUAUCCCUUCAACCCGGAGAUGUGCAUCACCGAGGCCCUCCGGCAGGUGGACACCAAUGUCUUCCCCACGCUAUCCGGCAUGUUCGAGAUGUCCAACACAAAUUCUUCGUUUCACGACUCGGUCCGCCAGGACUUCUGCUUCUCUUGUCAGCUCCAUGGGCUCCUCUCCCCGGCGGCCAUAGAGAGUCUUCUGGGUGACAUCACAUACCAAUCCUUGCCUGACGAGGGCCGCUAUGUGAAGGAGACCCUGGUCCAGUCGUGUCUCCAAGAAGUUGACAGAACACUGAAGCUUAUCGCUGAGUUGGAUAAUAUGAAUGGCAACGUGGGUGCCGCUGCUCAGGCCAUCAUCGAGGUCAUUGGCAGCCUCUGCCGAAACAGAGAGACAAUGACACUCAAGCACUUGUGCGGUCAGCUUGCCGCCAAGCCGCUCUCUCUGGACGUGCUUCUUCUGUUCGACAGGCCACAGAAGAUUCUCCACCCACUGUGCGAGUUGCUCGACAACUGGGCAGGCUACGAAGAGGACCAGGGCGAGUACCAGCCCGUCUAUGAGGAGUUUGGGUCCAUCCUCCUCUUGCUGCUGGCCUUCGUCUACCGGUAUAGCCUCUCACCUGCGGAUUUGGGCAUUCGCUCGCCAGACUCCUUCGUGGGCAAGCUGUUGAGCGGAGGUAAUCUCUACCGCCCGCUUGAGGAGCUCAAUGAGCAGGAAAAGUCUCACCUGAACGGCUGGAUUCACGGGCUCUUCGACACUGAGGCCGGCGGUCUCGGCGAUGAUCUCAUGGCUUCAUGCCCACCACAGGACUUUUACCUGCUCAUGCCCACGCUCUUUCACCAGAUCGCCAUGGGGCUCAGCGCGGGAUAUCUCACGGACGACAUGCUUAAAGGCGGUCUCGAAUAUCUUGUCGAUGUCCUCUUGUUACCGUCUCUGGUACCCGCGCUCCUUUAUCUCUCCAACCAGCUUUGGGUGAGCGGGCCGCAGAUCCAACCCGCCAUCAUUAAGAUUCUCCAGGUCAUUGUUCGGCCAAGUUCCAUUUCAGACGAGGCAUCCCACAUGCUCUCGUCAGUCCUCAACAUCGUCGCCAAACCGCUCGAACACGCCCUCCGCUCGUACCAGCGACAGGACCCGAAAUGUCAAGAGGUCGAGCCGCUCCUGCGGGCCAUCAAGGAGAACCUUGAGCUAUCCCGUCGCACCGGCGGUGCUGACCAUAACGAGCUCGAGUCCUGGUGCGGCACCCACCUUAACAACGGCACCAACGGCGCCGCUGCCCACAGCGGCCUCCCCGCCGCCGUCCGGCACACAGUGCAGAGCCUGGUCCAGUGGGCCCAACACCCGCCACUCAACGGCAUGCCGGCGACAUACACACACCGCCAGACCCUGGCGGCCGUCAAAAUGUGCGGCGCGAAACGCAUCCUAUCCAUCCUCCUCGAUGAACUCAAGUCCCUCACCGACAGCCCGCAGGCAAGCGCCGCCUACGACGUCGUCACGGCAGUCAUCUGCGCACCCGACGUUACCAACGACACCUCCCUGGCGUCUUCGUCGUCGUCUUCCUCCCACUCUCCGUCCGCCACAACAACCGCCGCCGUAGCCUCACAACCCAAUGUCACAGACCACCGCAUUUCCCUCCGCCAAGCCCUCAAAGCCGAAGCGGAAUACUGGAAACGGAUCCGCAAGACCGACCCGGCACUGUCGGAUACGGUCGUCCGGCUCUACCGACGCGUCGAGGCGCAGAUGGCGCUGCCGCCGCCCGCGCCGUCGGCAGAGGACGAGGCUGUGGUCGCCGCUGCGACAGCGGCCAUGCUAUCGACGCAGCCUGAGCUGGGCGGGUUGGGGAGCGAUGUCGUGCUGGAGGAUGCCCUUGCUGCGGCUGCUGCUGCCGGUGUGCAUGAUGGCAUGGUGAUGGACACGAGCGGGUUGGAUGGUGCGGGCCAUGGUGGUGUGCCGGAUCUGGGGUCGUUGGGAGGGGGUGGUGACUUGGCUGGGGACGGGGCGGCUGGCGGCACGGGGGGGUUGGAUUUGGGGGGUGAUGGAUUCUUUGGGAGGUUGGCGGGGGUGAGAGAGAUGGAUUUUGGGGCUUUUGAUAUGGAUACUGAGGGCUAGAAGCUCUAUAUGUCGUGGGUAGUGGGUGAGGCUAUAUUGCGGAGAGAUUGAAGCGAUGGAAUUGGAUUGCGGGAUGAGGAAGAGACUUAGUUCGAUGCGCUAGAGUUGCGGAUGGCGAGGUGUUUUGUUUUAAUCCACGGCGUAAAAUUUGUCAAUGGAUGGGCUGCAGCGACACUACCACGGAUGUUUUUUCUUUCUUUUUUUGGUGUGUUGGGCGCAAUUUGGGCUUGAUUCCAGAGUCAGGAGUGCCGGGAAUGAGGUCUUGGUUCACGUGGUAUCUUAUAGAGGCUGGUGGUCUCACAAGGGGCCAGGACAG